CACCUCUCCAGUGUAUGCACAUUAUAAAAUCUGUCCAGAAUAUUACAUUUAGUCUCUCAGAAAAAAGUGAAAGAUGAAGAUCCUUUGUUUAGCAACUCUCAUUUGUCUUGGAAUUGUUUUAUGGUCCGCAAAUCAAGUAACAGGACUGGAAGCAAACAUUAUAAGCAAUUUCACCUGUUUGGACCUGAAGUCAAAAAAUAAGGUUCCUGUGCACAGAUUAAAGAGCUACAUUGUCCAGACAACACCAAUCCAUGCCAUUUUGUUUACAACAAAGAAAAACAAACACACAUGUGCAGAUCCUAAAAUGGAUUGGGUGAAAAAGGCUAUGGAACAACUGAACAAGAAAAAAAGGGCCCAGACACCAGAAAAGAAAAGGAAAACAAAAAAACAACAAAAGAAGAAAAAUGAUAAGAAGAAAUCUGUGAAACAAUGAUUAUUUGUGUUUUAACCAUGUGUUAGUAUCAUCUAAAGAGAGGGGAAUUAUAGUUCCAUGGAAUUUGUUUUGUUUUAUUGUAUUUGAACAGAUCAUUAACAUAAGCUUAAACAUAUCAAUAAUGUGAGUGACAGAGCUGGAACACGAGCUCAUAUUAUUUAUCACAAACAAAUUGUCCUAAACUGCUGCUAUUUUGGGAACAAUUUUUUAUUUAUUGGCUAAGGCAAAAUUAAUUCAUAUACAUUUUCAAUGAAAAAAUGUUCAAUUCAUUUUGUCUGCUAUCAAAACUUGUGGUUUGCUGAAACAUUGGAAUCUUAUUAAGGAAAACAAGCAAAUUACAAAAAAACAUAAAGCCACCAAAGAAAAGAAAAGUGUUUUAUAGAUAGACGACCAACAUUCUCAGGAUAAGACUGUUCCAAAUGCAUAUACAAACAAUGGCUUCUUGUAAAAUGCCUCUAAGCACACACGUGCAGUAAUUUACUGUAGGAGCACUCAUUGUAAUGUAUUAAAACAGAAAAGCAGCAGAAUAAAAUAUAUUCUCUAAGAGUUAAAAAGGUGCGUAGCAUAUAAUAGUUGUUCUUAUAAUAAAAACGAAAAACAGAAGGAAAAAUAUUUAGUAGAUCUUCAGUCUUUUUAAGAUUUGUGGGUUGAAUACAUAAGCUCUUGUAAAUAUUAAAUGAUGAAUGUAAUAAAAUAUGAUUUAAUGAUUAAA